AUGUAUCGUCUUACAACAUUAAAUUUUCCAAUAUUUUCCACUUUUUGUGUGGAGCAAAUUAUCUUAUUUAUUUAUAUAUUUAAUUAAACAAAAUUAUCUGGGAAAUUUAAAUUAAUAAAAAUGGUGUUAACUGCGGACGUCCAUUUGCCAGAGGAAUCAGAUUUGACCGUUCCUGAGGUCAAUUUAUCUGGACCAACAUUGAUUGCUGGAUCGUUCCAUUUAGGAAAAUAUUGUGAGCAAGCUAAUAAUGAAUUCAUGUUAUGCCGUUUUGAAGAGAAAGACCCUCGAAAAUGCAUCAAUGAGGGUAAAGCUGUCACCGCUUGCACUAUGGAGUUCUUCAGGAAGGUGAAACGGUCGUGUCUCAGUGAAUUUAAUCAAUACGCUAACUGUAUUGAUAAGAGCUCCGGUGACUUUGGAUUGUCUCAUUGCCGUAAGACUCAAAGUGUGUUUGACAAAUGCGUGUUGGACAAUUUAAAUUUGGAACGUCCCGACUUCGGGUACUUCUGUGAAGCUCGCGUCCAUGAUACCAAAAGACCAAAACCCCUGCCGGAGCCCAAGGCGGAGUACCCCGAUGCCACCCCAGCCUUACCCGACGACGCGGAGAGAAAGCCAGCGCGGUUUGGCUCUCGCUUCUACUGGAUGACAGAGUAGACCUUCAUCACGGAUAAGGAUGAUGUCGCAAGAUUAAAUCGAAACAUUAUAAUUUGCUGUCCCUGAUUGAUCAUAUAUUUGAAGAAAACAGCCACCUGUUUGUCACCUCAGUGGUGUCAAAAAAAAAACAAAAUGUUUUACAUGCCACAAAAGUUAGAGGUCAUAUCUCUAAAUGUAUAUCUAAUAGUCAGUAAUUUGAACCGUGCUUAAUGUAUCCAGUCCAGUUCCGUUUAGAAGCAUAAAAGUACCCUGACAACUGUUCAGGUUUUACGAAGCAACAUUUGGGAGAAUUUCGGAGGCUGCGGUUACGCGUUCCAAAUCACACGUUUGAAGUUUCUUCGGCAUUAAAAAGACUGUAUAUAUAGUCUGUGGUGCCUAUUAUAAAUAAAAAUAUGGCAUACUAAUAGAUUAUUAUGAACCUACUUGCACGUCAUCCGAAAAUACCAUUUUUAUAUAAAGUAACAGAUUAGUAUCAGUUUUCCUGUUCCAUAUUAUAUAGCAUUUAAGUGUAAUUUAUAUAUUUAUAAGCGUAGUUUUUGUCUCCAACCACAAUCAGGGCUAUACCUAUUUUUUUUUUGUCUAAUAUGUUACUUUACAUAAUCAAAUAGUUAUAUUAAUGAUUUGUAGAAUAAAAUGUUGGAUUUAU